AUGCCAUCCCCGCCGUCGUCCUCCUCGUCAGCUUCCUCCUCCGCCGGCCAUAUUCCAGCAGCACAUCCAUCCGCGGAGGCUGCCCGGGCCAGAGCGAUCUCCGGCUCACUCGCCACCCGCAAACUCAAGCUGGAGGCCGCCUACACCAGACACGAGCAGAACAGCCCAGCAUCCCCCGCCAGCAGGAAGAAACACGCCUUCCUGAUCCCCCUCAGACGCCCACGCCUCGCCCGAGCCACCUCCGACAACCCCAGCCAGCCAGCCCAGCAGCACACACCCACCCCCGCCGAGAACAUGCCCUCGCUCAACCCAGCCAGCUCGCCCCAGUCCAUCCCAUCCGCCUCAGCCGAGUCGAGCCAUCUGCCAAAACCAACACAGGAGAAACGCUCCCGCGCAAUCAGACUCACCAGCUCCAUCCGCAAAGCCGGCAACAGUCUCAGUCCACGCACAGCCUCAGCCGCAUCAACAGCAGCCACGCCCACAGCCAGCCCAAACUCAAACCAAAGCCAAAGCCAAAGCCAAAGCCAAAGCCAAAACCAACAGCAACGCAGCCAACGAACCAGCAGGCUGUUCUCGAGCAGAUCAACCAUCAGCAGCAGCAGCAGCACUACCACUCAGACUACGACUACCACCACCACAACAGCAAGCCAUCACGCACCACUCUGCUCCGUGCCUAUGACCCCCAUCUCGCCGGACUGUAAUCCCAGCCAGGCCGCCGAUAACCCCAUCCUGGCCAACCAAACCACGGCCACCAUACACCCUCAGAACAAUCCACCCACCACCCCUGAACUCACCCCAACACCUGCAUCAUCCAACUCGCUCAAGACCACCAACGAGCACUACUCACUCAUCCCACCAUCCACUCCCAAGAGUACCAGCGACCAGCACCCAUCCAGCCAACUCAAGAACACCGACGAACAACCAUCCAGCCAACCCAAGAGCACCAACGAUCCACUCAAGAACACCAACGAACAAAAGAACACCAACAACCAACAUCACCCAUCCAUCUCCCCAUCAACCUCUCCCGAUCUGCCCGACCCCCCUCGAUCCCUCUCCCAACACCCUCUGCCUCUAUCCAAACAGCACAGCCCACACUCCAACCCACUCCAGAUCACCCCAUCCUCCUCCCCCACCCAAGAUCCCUCCACCCCAUCGCUCAUCCAAGACAACCAACCCACCCCAAGCCCAUCAUCCGACCUCCAUCAUCAGUCCAGCACUCCAACCGCCUCCAAACAUCACCCCUCGCAAAACAUACUCACCAUCGCCCUCUCCAAGGCCCAAACCGCCGUCCAACUCGACACCGCCCUCCAAAUCCCCGAUGCCAUCCGUGCCUACACCGAGGCCGUCCUUCUCCUCGAACAGGUCAUCGACAACAUCGAUGUCUCGAGCAAGGAGCGCGAGGAAAAGGAAUGGGACGGCCUCAUGCGCGACCAAGCUCGGGAUAAGAUCUGGGCCGAAGAGAUCUGGAAGCAGCUCGGCCAGGACGAUCUGGACGACCUCGAUCGUGAAGAUCUUGAAUCACGUCUACGUGAGCGGGAACGUAAAUGGCUAGAGAAACAGUGGAAGAUCCAGAAACGGAAGAAGGCUCGCGCGGAUGAGGAGGACCGGUUGAUAGGAAUCCACAACACCUAUGCCAGCAGGAUUGCUGAGCUGCAAGCCGAGAUCCUUUCAAACCAUCGGGCAAUCCUUCACUCCGAUCAGUCUCCCGACUCUUCCCCGACUCGCGGCUGGUCUCAAUCUGACGAUCAGCAACCGCCCUUGUCAAAUUCUACCAGCCAACAUAAUCCCUUAUCAGAAACAGAGCGCAAAUCCUUCAGCUCCGACUCCACUACUCGCGAAGGCAUCCUGCAGCCUCAGCACUUGGAACUUCCUUCAACUCCUCAACCCACCAGCCACGAGCCAGUAUCGCUGGCAUCUUCUUAUAACGACCCAGAAUCAUUCCGUCAGUCUUGUGAAAUUGCAGAGGAGGAGAAAGAUGUUGUCUCCGAGAGACUCCCGCACUACGGCAGUGUUCACUCUCAAAACACCCGCAAUCGGGCCUCCAGUAGCAUCUCUGGCGCCAGCCUAUCUCAACUUGGCAGGACCCAGUCCAGCGAGAGCAUGACGACUAGGCGGACCAGCGUUUCCUCUAAUGCCUAUCACCUCGAUCAAUCCAGGCCGACUAUCCCCCAAGCUGCCACCGAGGCACAACAGUUCGAUUCGUCUGAUGGCCGAAACCGGAGCUCGGGUGAUCCUCGACCUGCUUCUCGGCAUUCCGCCAGACUUUCAGACGCUACUAUUGCCUCUGCUCGACCCGAAAGUCCGCGCACAACUGCACUCUCUGCUAAUCAAAACGUUCGACGUCAACCCUCUCAGAAGCUACUCGUCAGUCAGACCACCACCCAAGGUACGAUCAGCCAGCGGCGUCGCAGUCCUAGUUGCGUUGAUACCUCCCGUCGAUCCCUAUCAAGAUCUCAAGGUCACCCAGAACCGGGUACCAUCUCAUUCACUCAACCCGCAAACUCUGAUCUUUCAUCUUCAAUGAAUCGGCGACCCUCCAACCUCAGCUUGAUGGGCACCGUGCCCUCAGCAGCGAUUCCUCUACGGCUCCGGUCUUAUUCACAGCCGGGAAAGCGACCUGGCUUGCCACUUUCCUUCAUCGCUGACAACACGCCCCCGGUGCCCCACUCACCCCUACUCUCUGGACCAUCACAAGUGCCCACCCCUCGAAAGCCCUCCUCCCUGAUACACAAUACUCCACCCCUAGGCAGCAGCACGUCCCAAGACGUGCCCCAUCAAUCAGCAAGGCCAACCUCACAACUCGCCGCCCCAGGUCCAAGACCUUUGAGCCAUACUUUCUGCAUACAUCCCAACGGUGGAAUGACCCGAUCAGAAUCUCAACAUGCUCUUCCCAUGUAUGACAUCCAGCCGUACGCCCACGCCUCGCUCUCACCUGGUUCGAUGUAUUCCGGAAGCGCAGCCCCGGUCGGAGCUCUACCCGCUUAUCCGAAAAUCCCUGCCCGUCGACCAUUCCAUCUGAUGCGACAGAUCCGGACGUCGAUGUCCACCGGUGCUUAUGUCUCCCCGCGACUCUACGUGCCCCGACAGAUGUGGUACCAAGCGCAAGUCAAGCUGCACGGCCUGGAGACGAAGAUCAAAUUGAUGGACACACUCAUAGCUGGGCUUGAGUUAGUCGAGCGAGACGGCGCUGGGCUGGUGGGCGUCGAGGUGCCCAGCUCGGCCACCAAAGAGCCGGUCUGGGAUUUCGCCGAGGGCCGGAAGCCGAAACCGACGCUAUCCUCACAAGUCUUGACGGCCACCGAGCGGUUCAUGAAGCGACUGGAGAUCUUUGAGGAGUUACUCGACAAUCUCCAGACUGGGGGGGCCAAGAAACUCGGGCUCAAUGCAUCCGGACUCCAUGAAACUGCUUAUGGUCAAGACACCAUGCGCAAGGGCGGCGGUUUCGGCACCCUGAUGGCCCAGAAACUUGGUAAAGGCUUAGACCGGAUUAAUCUGGGACGAGGUAAUGCUGAUCUUCCGACCCUGUAUGUCGACACGAUCGCCCGGCUGUUUGAUAAAUCACAAGCAAUCGAUGCCCAUCUAGCCAGCUUAGAUCUUGCCGCCCGAUCCCAAGGUAGCACCGCUGGGGCAGGGAUGUACAGCGCGAUCGGCCAGCAGUCGAAGCAGCACAUCGAAGGCCGGCUGCGUCGAGUAUCCGAAUUCUACUCCACCGUCGUAUGUCGGUUCGUCGUCGCGGAUAUGGGUGUGCUGCUUGAUAAAUACGUCAAGAGAGGUGGCAACUGGUGUGGUGAUUGA